AAGUAUUGCUAUGGGAGCCUGGCCAGUUGUCAGGUUGGAGGAUCUCCGCUGAGGCGUACAGCUCCAGCUCCUCAGGAGAGGCGUUAAAGCUGACUACCUGCAGAGGACUGAGAAACAAACCAUUAGAGCCCAUAGUUACAUAGAAAAAUGAUUGUAGAGGGUGAGAUGCAUUCCAAUGCAUCAGAGACGAACAUUCUUCCAGACAUGGACCCUACAUGGGCCACAACCAUCCUCGUGGUUCCUUGUGUGGUGGUGCUAACAGCUGGAUUUUUUUACCUUUAUGGAGCAAUUAUCAAUUUGCUGUCUAAAACAUCGGUGCGGAAUAAGGUGGUGGUUAUAACGGAUGCUUUAUCUGGGCUUGGAAAAGAAUGUGCAGCCGUCUUCCACAAGGGAGGAGCCAGGCUGAUCCUCUGUGGGAAAAGCUGGGAGAAGCUUGAAGAUCUUGCAGAUGAACUGGCGAAUGCUUCGGAUCCUUCAGCUACGUUCCCACCAAAAAUUGUGCUGCUUGACUUUGGGGACAUGGACAGCAUGGCGGAGGCCAUCGCUGAGAUACUGGAGUGCUACGGCUGCUUGGACGUGCUCAUCUUUAACAGCAGCAUGAAGGUCAAAGCUCCAGCACAGAGUCUGUCUCUGGAGAUGGAUAAGCUUCUAAUGGACAACAACUACUUUGGUCCCAUCACUUUGGCCAAAGGUGUGCUGCCCUCCAUGAUCUCCAGGAGAAGUGGUCAUCUGCUGCUGGUUAACAGCAUCCAGGGGAAAAUUGCUGUGCCUUUCCGCACUGCAUAUGCAGCUUCCAAACAUGCAGUUCAGGCUUUCUUUGACUGCCUGAGAUCUGAGGUGGAAGAGUUCGGCAUCUCCGUCAGCACCAUAAAUCACACCUUCAUCAGCUGCUCUGCGUCCCAAACAACGGAGGCGGCAACCUCAAAGUCCCUGCUUUGGUCCCUGUUGUUCACCCGGAAGCCACGUGGUGUUUCUCCAGACGAGGCCACCACUGAGAUUGUAAGGACCUUGAACAACAAGAGGAAAGAAGUUCUAAUUGCUCCCUCGCUUCCAAAGAUGGCCAUCUACGCCAGGUCCUUUUUCCCUAACAUGUUUUUCGCUGUGAUGGCCGCAGGAGUGAAAAACUCUGCUGCCUCUGAGAACAUGUAAAGAUCCCUCUAUGAUGUCAUGGCAGUUAUCACAGAAUGUUUUAUGACCACAGCUCACAUUAAACUAUUAAUCUCAAAAUAAAAUGACUGAAGCAACUCCAAA